CGUCAUUCGCAAAUACAAACUAAAAUUCCUCGACUGCAGUUGUAGAAAUGUAUCAUCAAUAAUUUCUGCUUCUUAUCAACGAAAUGUCCGUCCCAUUGGAAGCAAGAGAAAUUCUCUGCCACCUAAAUCAGCUAGGCUACAGAAAUAUCACACCGGAACAACUGAAAGAGUUUCAAAAAGAUCUUCGCAAGCUGAUCAAAUUUGACUGUCGAACAAGUGAUGGAACGGUAGGACGGCAUGUGCUGCAGCAGGCAACGCAAAACUUGGACCCGUUUCAACGGUUACAUACACUGACCACAAUCAGUUAUGAUGCGAAAAUUGCCGGGAAACGGCAGCUCGGAUCGAAGAUACAAUCGGCCGCAUCUUCUCGAAUAACGAAUACCACCGGAGAGGAAAAUAUCCGUCCGGAAUCGAAGGAAGAGAAAGAAAAUCAACCCGUUCGAACCAAACUGAAGCCACAGCCUAGUGAGGAAACGGCGGCAAACAAAAUGUGGAUUCGACCGAGAAGUACCAGUGCAAUGAAACGCAGUAAAAAUGACCCAGUUUCACUUUAUCAUGCCUAUCAAAAAGAAUGGACAAAGUUUAAGAACCAACUGCCGGGAGAAAACAGCCACUCUGACCUUCGGUGGCAAAUUCGAACUAAAUUACUAGCAGAAAAGUAGACUAUCACGAAUACCUUAACGAAAUUCCGCCUGUUUGUGGUUUAUUUAAAUAAGACUGAAAUUCAUUAUAAUUUACAAUACAAACAUUCCAAUUUUA